AUGAGUGAACAAGAAUUUACGCCGCAGUACCAUAAUGCAAUGGUAAACGGGGGCUACAAGAGCACUCAAAACCAAGAUGUGGUCGUAAACGGGGAACUUGAAGAUCAAAAAAGACAACGAGAUCUUUUAACUACGCAACUAGAGGAUGGAUUAACGGAGAUAUCUCAUAGGGGACCCGAUAACGCCCAUGUGUGGACUACAGAAGACGCCAGAGUUGGUCUCGGUCAUGCGCGUCUGUCAAUUAACGACUUGUCGAUCGACGCCGACCAGCCCAUUCAUAGCGAUGAUGGGACAAUACAUGCGGUUGUCAACGGGGAAGUGUACGACUUUGACAGACUCCGUCAAGUCCUGACCAACCAGCACGGGUACCACUUCAAGAGUCACAGCGACAGCGAGGUGCUGGUCGCCCUGUACAAGGUCCACGGAGCUCCCGACUUCAUCGAGCACGUCCGAGGCGAAUUCGCUUUCAUCUUGUACGAUGAGCGCAGGGACACUGUCAUUGCCGGGAGGGACCGGUUUGGCAUUAAGCCACUCCACUGGACAUUUGUCCGCGACGGAUUAGGGGAGAAACGCCUGCUGGUGGCAUCCGAGGCGAAAGCAUUCCUGCCGCUGGGCUGGGAGCCGGAAUGGGACGUCGGAUCCCUUGUCGAUAGUGGAUACCUGAACGGCAAUAGGACCGUUUUUAAAGAUGUCCACAAAGUCCUGCCUGGCUGCUGGUUAGAGAUGCAUAGCGAUGGGACCGUACAUCAUCACAGAUACUGGGACAUGGAGUAUAACGAAAAGGUGAGGGCAACAAUGGAUAAGGUUGAAACACGCCAACUUGACGAUAUCAUUUCAGGCGUCCGGGAGCGACUCAUCCAGGCCGUUCGGCUCCGAUUGCGGGCUGACGUGCCUGUCGGGAUCUAUUUGUCGGGAGGCAUCGACUCUUCCGCCGUGGCGGGAAUAGUGGCACACCUCGUCCGAGAAGACGGUGUGUUGGCAGGAACGGAAGAUGCAAGCAAGCGGAUCCGGUGCUUCACGAUACAGUUCCCUAGCGGGUCCGGGUUUGACGAGUCUGAUAUUGCCGAUCGAACAGCCGAUUGGCUAGGCGUCGAUCUCGCUAAAAAGGACAUGAACGAAGGCAUCUUGGCAGAGUACUUUGCCGAUUCCGUUUUCCAUAGUGAACUUCCCUGCCACGACCUAGCAGGUGUUGGCAAGUUUGGCUUGUCAAUGGAAGCCCGAGAGAACGGAUUCAAGGUUGUCUUGUCUGGUGAAGGAUCUGACGAGAUCUUUGCCGGAUAUCCCUUUUUUAUGGGUGACGUUUUGAACGAACCGGAUCUCUCAAUGCUCACGUCCCCAUUGGCCAAAGAUCACAAGACAAGACUUGAUCUGUUGAGGAUGUCCAACGAGGUCCUUGAAAAGGUGAUCAAGUGGUCCGGCUUGUGGCUGCACCGUCCCGGACGAGGCCGAUGCCCCUCCGCCGACGAUGUCCAGGGCGUAGAGCCAACGCUCUACUUUCAACCGUCCCUAGCCACCUGGGCGCCCUGGGUGUCUCAACGCUGGCCAAACUUGAACUGCCGCGAAACUGUGGCCGCUUCACACGACCCCAAGGUACGCGCCAAGAUGGCUAACCGCUGGCAUUCGCUGCACACGGCCGAGUACGUGUGGACAAAGUCGGUGCUGCCCAACUUUAUACUCAGCACGCUAGGUGACCGCGCCGAGAUGGCCCACUCGAUUGAGGCCCGGACACCAUUCCUCGAUCAUCACCUCGUCGAGUAUGUAAACCAGCUGCCGCCUUCUCUAAAAUACGCAUACACUCCCGAGACGGAAGACUUUGGCGAGCAAGGACCGUACUGGACGGAUGGGACUGCGCCGCAGAAGUUGCUCACGGAGAAGUGGAUCUUACGCGAAGCGGCCAAGCCAUUCAUCACGGAAGAACUGUACAAGCGGAAAAAGCAUCCAUACUCGGCUCCGUUUAAGUGGCCAAAGGAGGGCCCAAUUUAUCAGAUGUUACGGAAGCUAUUGACGAGAGAGGCUGUGGAUAAAUUGGGUUUCUUGACCUAUGAGGUAGUUGAACAGGGGUUCAACAAGGGGUUUGGUGAGGAGGCGGACGCCCGCGCGUUUCGAAACUUGUUAAUAUACGCUAGCCUGGUGACGAUAGGUCAGAGAUUUGAUGUCAAAAAGGCCAAGUCAAGAGAUUGGGCACCGGUGACGGGACAUGUCUAA